CUUUUCUGGUAUCAACGGUUUCCUGGGGGUCCUUAUUCAUUGUGGGACACAACAAUUAGCUGUGGCUAACUAGCUCGCCAGUUAUAAUUUUAUUGGCACUGUGUGCAACAGCAUGCACGUUUCAUCGAACGUUUUGGCUAAAAGAAUAUGAGCAAAGAUUCCAAGAUGAGAGCAACAAUUAAUCAGAAAUUAACUGAGAUGGGUGAACGAGAGCGAUUGAAGGAGUUGCUCAGAGCUAAACUCACUGAAUGCGGAUGGAGGGAUCAGCUGAAAGCUCAUUGUAAAGAUGUCAUCAAAGAAAAGGGCUUGGAGCAUGUGACCGUCGAGGACCUUGUGGUAGAAAUCACCCCUAAAGGAAGAGUUCUGGUGCCUGAUAGUGUGAAGAAGGAGCUGCUGCAGAGGAUAAGAGCCUUCCUGGCUCAGCAUGCCACAUAAUGGAACCAACUUUUUUUUUAAAAACCUUUUGCUAUCAGAGUUUUUCGAGCUUGUUUUCUUUUUGCCAUCGUGCUGUUAUUACUAGCUAUUUGAUGCAAUCAUCCAUCAUGAUUUAGAUUUAUUCAAUUAGUUUGUUCAAUGUCCGAUUUUUAAGAAUGAAAGAUGUCUGUUUUUCACCGCCGGCAGUUCUUUACAUGAUGCAACGAGUCAACAUGUGUCAAUAACUGUACGUUGUAUUGGAAUACAUAACAUUCUAUGCUGUUUUUAAUCUGUGGAUUGUCUUCUCAUUUUGAGUUGGUUUGUCAUUAGAGAAAUGCUUUUGAGAGGAGUUGGUAAUAAAGCUGGUUCUGGGUUUUGUACGAAGUUCAA